CACACACUUUCCUUCCUCUAUCUAAAAAUUAAAUAUACCAACAAACCAAAACGAAAAGCAAAAUUACAUAAAUCCCAAAAACUCACAUUCCAAUUGCCUCUCUAACCUCGUCUCCCCUUUCAACUCCAACUUCAUCUCCUCCGCAUUUCUCUAGAUCCGCUGCUUCGCCCCUCUCCGUACCUUUUUACUCCACCUACGUGUCCAGAUCCCACUCCACCUCCUCCCUUCUCGGUCAAUCUCGCCCGUCCACUUUUUCUCUUCUCCCGAGGUGUCCUCGUUUCAAAUUCAGAUCUCUUCCACUUCCUUUCAAAACUGCUUCUCAAAAAUCUCAACUUCCCUCUUCCACUCACUUUCUCCCUCAGAUCCACAUUUUCUCGGGAACAAGCAUCUCGAACUUUCUUCUUCUUCUUCAACAAUGGCAAGGUUCAUCGAGCUCUGCUCGCCUCUGCUUCUUGCCUUUCUCCUAGUCCAAUUCUCUAUUGUAUCUUCUUCGUCUCCACCACAGCCCUCGCCAACUCCAUCGCCUCAACCCGCUGCUGCUUCACCUUCGCCGAUUUCCCUUCCUCCAUCUCCGUCGAACGCUCCAGUGAACUCACCACAUCCUUCUUCCCCUCCAGCGCCACCGCAAUCAUCUCCGUCCGAUUCUCCGUCCGCCGACGACACGCCUACAGUUCCUUCUCCAGCGCCGUCGAAUCCGAGCGACGUCAACCACAGCGACGUCAACGCGGACGGAGACGGAGCUAAGAACUCCUCUGGAGGAAUGAGCCCGGGAAAGAAGGCAGGGGUCGUACUUGGAGUGAUCGUUGGGGUUGGCGUGGUAGGGCUUGCAGGCUUUGUCUACAAGAAACGUCAGGAUAACGUUCGUCGAUCUCAGUACGGAUACGCCGCCAGGAGAGAGAUUCUCUGAAGAACUACUCAUAGUCUAUCAUACGCUAAAGCUCUUAGAGGUUACUGUGAAAUGUUUGAUUUCUCGUAUUUUUUUAGUUAAUUUCUGUGCUUGCUUAGUAUAUGAUUGAAUGUAGGUUCUGGCGAUGGUGAUAUGGUGAUUCAAUUUGAUUCUUCAUUCUUUGGCGCGCCGGCGGUGCUAGAGUUGGUGGUAGUUAGAAUUUUGGGAUGAGUUAUGGGCGUAAAAUACUUAAUUAGUCAAUAUGAUCAUUGAUGUAUUCCUUUUCUAUUUUAGAAUGAUAUAAUAAUUGGAUUUACUGAUUUAGCAUUCAUUA